AGUGCAGGUGAGAUGCCUUCCCCUUAAGAUUAGAAGGAGCUCAGGGGUUAAGCCUUGCACUGCAGGUGGACUGCUCUUCCCUUUGUCUGACUAUGGACCUGCCAUCUUUAUUGAUUUGCAUAUUGUUGGAAGUCGUGGCCGUAAAAUGUCAACACAUCGUACAGGAACGUAUAGUGGGAGGAUACGCGCCGGUUCCACAUUCAAUCAAGUACAUUGUGUCGAUACAGACGAGGGACCGGCAGCACUUCUGCGGGGGCUUCUUGAUAAACAAGUACUGGAUAGUCUCAGCAGCACACUGUAACAUUGGGGUACAUAAAAUGCUGAUAGUGGCAGGAGACUACUCUUUGACCAUUUAUGAGGGGACCGAACAGGAAAUCCUGCCCCACCUUGUGGUGCCCCACCCUGCUUACAACAGCACCACAAACAACAGCGACAUUAUGCUUAUCAAGCUGAGGGCCCCCAUCUAUCUGAACAGCUACGUCUCCAUCGCCCUGCUGCCCAGGCAGGACGCCACCAUAUCAGAGGGCAGAGUGUGUCGGGUGUCAGGCUGGGGAUACACCAGUCCUAGCGGGAGCCAGAUCCCCUCCACCCUCCGAACUGUCAAGCUGCCUAUCAUCUCCUCAGGAAAGUGUAACAGCAGUGAGUCGUUCAACGGCAGCAUCACAGAAAACAUGCUCUGUGCCGGUUACAGUAUUGGUGGGAAGGACGCCUGUCAGGGGGACUCAGGCGGUCCACUGGUAUGCGACGGCCGGGUCUACGGUGUGGUGUCCUGGGGGAGAGGCUGCGCUGAUGCUCAGUUUCCUGGAGUCUACACGGCUGUGUCCAAGUUCCGUAGAUGGAUAGACAACACCAUAUUCAGCUACUACAGCAGAUGUAACAAGUUUUAGUGCCCAGUGUUACUCAGUGGAGACUUGACAAGCUUCAUGUCACUGUUGACCUCUUUGACCUACUGUUAUAUUUGUUUUACCGUUUGUGCACAUUUAAGGUAUAUGGUCAUGUGUGAAAGAGAUAGUUUGACACUUUGGGAAAUUGUCUUAUUUGCUUUUCUUGUUGAGAGUUAGAUGGGAAGAUUGAUAUCACUCUCACGGCUGUUUGUUAAAUAUGUAGCAGUGUGUAGGCUUAAUGUAGCAUAAAGUCUGGAUACAUUCAUCCAUCCAUUAACUAUAAACACUGCUUAAUCUUCAUUAGGAUCGCGGGGGGGCUGGAGUCUGUCCCAGCUGACUUAGGGUGAAGGCAGGGGACACCCUGGACAGGUCACCUGUCUAUCACAGGACUACAUAUAGAGACAAAUAAUCACACUCACAGUCACACCUAUGGACAAUUUAGAACUACCAAUUAACCUGAGCAUGUUUCUGGACUGCAGGAGGAAGCCAGAGAAAACCAGUCCGGAUACAUGAUAUAUCUACAGUUAACCAAUUAACAUGCGUGUUCCCUGUUUGUUGCUGCCAGUUGUUGUGGUUUGUUGGGCUUUUUCUUAAAUAUUUGUGUUUCCCACUAUCCUCAUCCCGAGAGGACAGAUAUGAGAGCAGUAUCGAUCUUCUCAUCUCACACUUCCCAAAGCAUUGUAGUAUUUCUUUGAGUUUGACAUGCAUCACCCCUACUGUUGGUCUGUUUUAAGCAUUUCAAAAACAAAACAAGUGAUGGAUAGUCCACCAACACCCUCAGACAAAAUAUGUUGACCACAUCUCCACAGUAUCAAGAUUGAGGUGCCAUAUCACUGCUUCGAAAUCAUUCAAAAUCAGAGCUUUCAUGAAGAAGUAUUUGAAAUGCUGUAAGCAGGUGAACUCACAUUAAACCACAGUGUAACUGGUGCUGCAGCAGCAACAUCACAGUUAAUGCGAGAGACACACCGACAGCGACAAAUGCAAGGCAAUACAGCAGACCUACAAAAAAAGCAAAAACAGAAACCAAAAAAACGUGCCCUCUAUGAAGCACGCAGUGUUUUGUUUUGUUAGACUGAAGCAGAAAUUAUUAAAAAUUAAACUGAAGCCAUUUUCUUACAUUAUUGUGCAAUGAUAAUCUCUGUUGGUGCUGUUUUCCAGUAUUUCCUACAUAACAAUUAGUUAAUUAAGGAAAUAGUCAAAUUUUAACUGAACAUGACAAUAAUUGUUAGUUUCAGCACAGAAAACUCCCAGUUCAUGAGGAGGGUGUUUUAUUUUGUUUACAGGUUUGUUGUAUUGAAUUGCAAAAACAAACAUCAGAUGGUAAAAUUCCAGCCUUUGAUCAGCUUUAAUACCAAUAGAUUGAUUCAUUCCUCGCAGUCACAUUUAAUCAAUAAUAGACAAUGCAUGCAUGCAGAAUUUCUGUUCCAUCACUUUGAACGUAAACUAACUCAGUUACAAUAAUUAAGUGCUUAUUUACUGUAUAUGUGUGUGUGGUGGAGGAAGACAACGAAGCUGCUGCUUGAUAAGCAUGUAUCUGGUUUUUAGAAUGAAGUUCAGUUAGUAAGUAGUACUGAUUACUGCCAAUUUCACAUGAUGUAUUUAUGGACUGAGCAUAAAGCACCUUUAUAAGUGUGAGAGAUGAGUAAAUGCAUGGAAGCAGGUGGAUGAAAUGUGAGUGUGUUUCAAAACAACAAAAUAAACUGCGUUUUUUUGUUUUAUACACUCUAAUAAA